CGGGCCUUCAUCAGUUGUUCUCACGGCGUCCAGAAGGGUGGUGUGUCCGGCUUCACUGUGAACCCGCUGCUUGCUCUGACUGCCGCCACUCACCAGGCAGCAGUAAUUCAUGAAACUAAUGAGUGUAUGGGUGAGUGGGUGAACGAGUGUACAGACAAGAUACUCAAGCUACAGCUUCGUGGGAGUGUUCGAGGACUGGACAGCGGUGGUGGGUCAGAGGCGCGUCGAGGUGGAGCGGCAGCAGCGACUCGUCACUCAUCUCCAGCAGGUGGCCGUCCCAGUCUCCGCGUGCUGUCCUGCUGAUCACCGCGUUAACCUUAUACAGGUGAUACGACAACAGCUGACUACACACCACGUGGCCUCCAAGACAUUAAUACCACUUCAGAAUUGCUAUGAUGGCCUGAAGUGACUCAAGCACACUAGUCCAUAAGCACAGCCUUGUUGCAGCUGACACACUGAACCCUAUCUUUGUCUGCCUUGGAUAGACACAAAAGGUCACUCACGGGGUCCUCGAGCAGCUCCCCUCCGCUGCGUGACGGCUGGUUCAGGGCGCGGAGAUGAACACUUCAAGGAAAAGAACAUUUCUGAAGGUGGCGGUGGACCAGUGGGGCACGUGGGUACGCGUGCGGCGCGACCAGCUGGGCGUCGUGCACAUCACGGGACCCAUGGACUACCUGCUGCAGAUACUGGCGGACAAGCUGGAAUUCGACUAUGAACUAGUGCAGCCCGAGGACCACCUGUGGGGCACACCGCUCCCCGAUGGCAACUGGUCGGGCAUGCUGGGGAUGCUGCAGCGGGAGGCAAUGGAGUUCGCCCUCGGUCCCUUCGGCGUGACGGCCUCCCGAGACACUGUCUGUGACUUCUCGGAGCCGGUGCUGACGGACAACAGCGGCAUCCUGGUGGAGCGGCCCCACCAGGAGAGCGAUGUCACGGGGUUUCUCAAGCCGUUUACUUUCUCGGUAUGGCUGUCGAUCCUGGCCGGCAUGUUCGCCAUUACUAUCACCUUCGCCGCCGUGAUGAAGGCCGAGGCAAGCAUUUUCGUGCAGCCGAUAGGAGGGAAUUCUCUCUCCACGUCAGUCAUGUGGGUCGUCAAGGCACUCACGCAGGAAGCGACGGAGUGGCUGCCGCGGACGGACGGAAGCCGCGUGCUGGUGGUGACGUGGCUGCUGGCGUCGCUGGUGUUCAUGUCGUCGUACAGCGGCAUCCUGACAGCCAUGCUCACCGUGCCUCGCGUCACCAUCCCCAUCGACUCCCUGCAGGAUCUCGUGACGCAGACCAAGAUGCCGUGGCGCCUCGAGUCCGGGUCAUGGAUGCUGCAGUACUUUAGGGAGUCGCAGGAAGGGCUCUCCCGAGAGGUGUACGACGGGCACGAGGGAGGCAUUAUUGACUGCUGGGCGGCCCGCGAGCCAAUUUCGCAGGGUCGUUACGCGGCCAUCUGCGAUCACACCACCAUGAAAAAGGCCAUGUCGUGGGACUUUAGCACCAACGGGGCAUGCCACCUCUACAUCGCCCAGGAGGUGGUGUUCAGCUUCAAUCUCGCCGUCGCCUUCAGGACAAAGUCGCCCUACAGAGAACUGGCCAACUACUGGAUCAUGAAGCUGAAGGAGGCCGGCGUGAUAGACAUGUGGCUGAGGAAUGAGAUCGUCAACACCUCUCAGUGCCUCAAGUCGCCCUCCUUCGACAGGGCCACCAACCAGAUCUCUGCCCUCGACCUGGAGUCCUACGUCGGCCCCUUCAUGGUGUUGGUCGCAGACGAUGACAGGGAGGCGUCAGUGCGUCGGGUGAAUAUGUUGGUAGAGACGAGGGCGCCUAGACUAACCUCCGCCUCCCCCUGCAACCUCGAUAAAUGCCCAAACUUAACUGGACAAUCCCUAUCCUGCUGCACCGAGACCUGCUCAAACCCAGUGCCGGAUCUGCUUCGCUUCUCCGUGCAGCCUCACAAGUUUGGAGGCAUAUUGGUCCUUUUCCCCCUCUUCACCAACCUUUCAUGCAUAGACCAAAAUAUAUAGUCCGCGUGGAUAUUGUAGUAAAUGUGCAAUGAUACAUUCUAACAGCAA